GCAUGUGUUCAGUUUGUUUGUUUGGGUGUGUGUGUGUGUUUAGUAUCAGACACGUUUGAUGCCGCAGAAACAGAUGAGCUCCUGAACACAGCAGCAGAAUGACUGACAGUCCGGGUGAGGAGUAUCUGAUCUGACUCUGAUGUUAUCAGGGAUGAAAACGGCUGUUUAAAAUCAUAAAAUGCUAUUUAAUGAGACGAAACUGCUGUCAAAGAGCUAAAAAUGCGAUUUAACGAGAAGGAGCUGGUGUUCCUGAGCCGCCAGCCGUCAGAGAGAGCGGCCGAGCUGGGCAUGAGAGGCCCGAAGAAAGGAGACGUUGUGAAGAAGCGCCUAGUGAAGCUGAUCGUUAAUUUCCUGUUCUACUUUCGGACCGAUGAGGACGAGCCCAUCGGCGCUCUGCUGCUGGAACAGUGUCGCGUGGAGAGAGAAGACGAUCAUGUUUUCUCUAUUGUGUUCCUGGACGAGGCCGAGAGGAAGUAUUUGUUUGAAUGCGAUUCUCAGGAACAGUGUGUUGAGUGGAUCGACGCCAUCAUUAAAGCCAGUUAUGAAUUCAUGCGCAAGAACCUGAUCUACUACCGCACAGAAAUCCAUCGAUUGACUGGAAAGGACCCACUAGAGCAGUAUGGGAUAUCAGAGGAAACACGCUUUCAGGUCAACAGUCUUCCUCCUCUGCCUUCUCCUCCCACAUAAACGUACUCCUCGUGUUUCACAUCAUCAUCUGGUUUUUCUGCUGUUUGGGGUUUUUGCUUGUUUUCUGUUUUUUCAGGUUGUUCUUCUUCUACAGUCUGCCAGUAUCUAACACUGAACAUUCUGACCUCUAUAAUCUUUUUAUUUUACACAUAGGUAAUAUUACUGUAAUGAAUGUCUGCUGAGUUUGAGCCAAUUGCAAUUAAAGGUUCUUCCCAAUAUCAAGGUCAUUGUUAAUGAGGACAGACUGAACUGGGUCGUUGUUUUAAAAACUGAUUUCAGCACCUUUUGUUUUUAUAACCAUGAUGUUAAAAAGGUUUGUAGUUUUCAUGCAUGCACUAUAUAUCUUCAGCUGAAGUGCACUAAAGAGGAUUUGUAGUUUUCCAGUGUUUUCUAUUUUUCAUUUCAAAAGCACUGAAGCUUUUCAGUCAACAGUUUCACUAAAAACAUUAUAGCUGCUUUGAUUUUGUGCCUAUGAAUUUGUAUAAUGAUCUGAAUUCACCCCCAAAUCAAAAGAAAAAAAUAGAGAAUUAUAUUUUUCUAUAAAGUAAAUUAAGCCUCUUUUAGGACUAUUAAAUUGUGACAUUAUUUUCAUGACAAUAAGCGCAUUUACCCAGAAACCCUCAUUACUGAGAAGCAAAGAAAUAGAAACCAUGAUCAACAUAUUACUCUUCAAAUGCACUACACAAUUUAAGUCAUUCAAUAAAUGCAAUAAUUUGUCAAUGCAAACUCCUAAAUGUAGGCUUUAUUUACUUUAUACAGAAUGGGAUUUCUUAUUUUCCCUUUUGAUUUUGUGGUGACAUCUGACCUGUAAAUUUCACGCGUUUAAACAUCAUGGCAUUCACAAAUUUGGUGUUUGUGAAGAUAGCAGAUUUAAUCAAUAUGAGAGGGUUUUUGUUGAACUGUUGGAUUAUUCGUCAGUCUCAAAGGGCAUUGAAAAGCGAAACAUGAACUUGAACUGCUUUCCUUUAGACACAGUUUAAUUUUAACCCUUUGUGCCUGUAACUUUACAUUUGUAUAAGUGAUGAAACUAUUGCAGACCUUAAAAGAGUAUGAACAUGUCAGCGCAUCAGAAUGUGAGGUUUAUGAAUGUUUUAAGCUUUUUUUCCUUCUAUAAUUUAGAUUUCAUAAUUUAUGUUCCUCAUUUCAGUCUUAUUUUUUGUUAAUAAAUCUCUUUUAAAAGAUAA